AUGGAGCAGAACGCUGCUGCAUUACAAAGUUUGGAGGCCGCUCGCGCCAACUCAGAGGCGACCCAGCGGCAAUUGAUGAAGAUUAUUGCUGCCACCAGAGGCACGCCAGGAGCGUCCUCUUCGAACGCCACACCACAUGCUGAGUGGAGCUUGGAAAGCUUCCUUCAACAUCACCCAACCAAGUUCAGUGGGACGUGCCUUCCUGAUGAGGCAGAUCAAUGGCUGCGUGACAUGGAGAGGAUUUAUAAUGCAAAGAGGUGUCCGGAUGAAAAUCGUUUGGCUUUUACAGAAUAUCUUCUAACUGGAGAAGCGAGCCACUGGUGGGCGAGCGUGAAAGCUAUACUGACGGACGCUCACAGCCCUAUUAAUUGGGAAGUUUUUAGAAGCAAAUUCUUUGAGGAGUACUUCCCGGAUAUCGUCCGUUUUGCUAAGGAAGUGGAAUUUUUGCAACUGGUGCAAGGGGGAAUGUCGGUUUCUGAAUACACGAACAAGUUUAAGCACUUGGUUCGUUUCAAUACAAUGGCGACCAGUGAGGAAUGA